UAUGACAGAUUAAAUUCUUCUAUUCGAUGAAAAUGAUGAUGAUUUAGUAGCUGAUUAUGGAUUUGAAUCUUAAUAAAUGGAAGAAAAGAAUACAUUCUAACUUAAGCCAUUCUAAAUUGCAAAUUUCCCUCUUGAUUAGAAUCUUAUCUAAUUUGCAAUUAAUGACCAUUGUAUAGUUUUUACAACAGAUAAAAAAAAAAUAUAUAGAUGGAAAUUUGUAAAUGAAGAUGGAUGUGUAGAAUUACCAAUCAAAACAUAAUUCGAAGGAGAUUUUUCAGAUUAGAUUAUGAAAUUAAGUGGAUAAGUAGGUAAAUAAAUUGGAGGUGCUGUUCUCAAUACAGUAUCUAAAGUAACUAAACCACUCUUUAAUGCAUCAAUGAAAAGGUCAAGAAGAGGAGAUUCUGAAGAAGGAAAAUUAGAUCGCAUAUUCUUAGAACCAAAAGGCAAUCAUAUUAUUAUUGCCUCAAAUAAAGGUGAUGUUUAUCAUGCUUGUCGAGAUGAAAAUGAAGUUCGUCUUUUAGAAGGUAUAGACAAUUAUAGUAUUCGUUUUUUAUUAUGGGGUGAUGUAUAGUUAUAUUCAUUCUAAAAUUCUAUUGUUGUAGCUUCAAACAAUAAAAUCUAUUCAUAUUCUCUUAAUUUUAAUAGUGAUAAACUUAUGCAUUCAGAAAUCUUGGGCAAAAGCAUCUUAUAAAUACCAGAAAUUGAAAAAAUAGUUGAUGUAAAAAAAGUAGUAAAAAAUACAAUUUAUAUGAUUAUAAUACUUACAGAUAAACAUAUCUAUAUAUUGAAUGGUACUAAAGAUCUUAAUAAACUAUUUUUAAAAUAUUAAGAAGCUUCUGAUUUAUUUCUAAAAUCUAGAAUUUCUCUUAAAGAAAAAUCUUAUACUCCAAAAAUAUUUAUUUAAUAAUCUUCCAUUUUGUGGACUAAUGGAAAUAAUAUUCUACUCUCUAAUUUUACAGCUCAAAUAGAAAAUUAAACUUUCUAAAAUGCUAAAAAAUUAAAAAAUUUUAAACGAACUUCAAAUGAAGAGGUUAAAUUGGAAUAAUUAUAUGGAAUAGGACUUACAAAAUAUCAUUACUAUCUUUUAACAUUUGAUGCUUUAACUAUUAUAAAUCUUCUAUCUAUGACAGUUGUUGCAUUUUUUGAAAUUAAUAUAAAUUCCUCAGGAAAAGCGAUAGGAAUGUUAUAUGAUUAGGGCACUGAUUGUUUUUGGAUUUGGUGUACAAAUGAAAUUUUUAGAAUCAGUGUUGAAUUCGAAGAUAAAGAUGCUUGGGAAUAAUUAUUAGAACUCAAAUCUUUUGAAGAAGCUUUAGAAGUUAACUAAAAAUAUAAUUCUCCAUUUUAUGGUUAGGUAUUAUAUAUAUUUUAUAUCUUAAGAUUUCUGGAAAGUAUGCAGAUAUCCUCUUUAAUUAAGCUUUAUAAUUAGAUCCAUACAAAACUCCAAAUAAUGAAACUAUUUAGAAUGGAAUUUCAGAAAAUACUUUUAUGAGAAAUAGACACAACAAAGGAACUAUUAAAGAUGGUUUCUUUGAUGAUAAAGAGGAAAAAAUUUUAAUUUCAACUGAAAUUGUUGAAAUGAAAUAAGAUUUAUAUCGUAAAGCCGCAUUAUUUUACUUUGGUAGUAAUAAAUCAUAUGAGUAAAUAAUGUUACAAUACGAAAUGGGAGAAAUCAAUUAUAAUCGAGAUGGUUUGAUAGGUAUUUCUUUUAAUUAAUUAUAUUAUAGAAAACUAUCUUAAACCUAUGGUUGAUUUAUUAGAUAAAGAUUUAAAAUAAGUAGUAUUCAAAAAAAUAUUAGAACUUCUUAUGUUAUCUAUCACAAAUUAAGGAAUAAUAAAGGCAUUUCUAGACUAAUAUAAAGCAGAUUUAGAGGUAGAUUCUGUUAUACCUACUUUAAAAGUUCAUGGUUUAACAUAUUUAGAAACUUAUUUUAUUGAAUUAAAAUAAGAUCAUAAAACUGUUGUUUAAAAUCUUUUAAUUUAAGAGGAUUAUAAAUCAGUUUAAGAAAAACUUUCAUCUUUAAAUGAUAAUGAUUUAUUAAUCAAUCUAGUUUAUAAAUACUCAUAUGUUAUUAUGAAAUAUAACACAUAAUAAACAUUAGAUUUAUUUAAAAAAAUUGAUAAUUUGGAUGCUCAAAAAAUGCUUUCAAUUUUAUUAGAUGUUCCACUUAAAAGUAAAGAUUUGGCAGUUUAAUUUAUGUAAUAUUGUAUAUUUGUAAAAACUCGAAAAAUAACAGACAUAAAUUUUAAUAAUCUAUAUUUAUAAUACUUGGCAGAUUUAGGAAAGGUUGAGUAAAUUAUGUAUUAUAUUAAUGAACAAAUUAAUCAAAGUGAAAAAGGACACAAAAUUAAAUUUGAUUUAAAUUAUGCUUCUUAAUUAUUUGUGAAGACUAAUUUAUUAUAACCCUAUGUUUAUAUAUUAUAAAUGUUAGGUGAUUAUGAAAAUGCCAUUAAAAAAGCUAUAGAAAUAGAUCUUAUUGAUGAUGCUAAAAAUAUUGCUUUAAAAUGUGAAGAUAAUAAUAAACAAAGAUAACUUUGGAUUCUAUAAAUUAAAUUAAUGUUGGAAAAAGGUGGUAAAUAUGUUAAAUAAAUUGUUCAAUUAACAAGAGAAAUUCCUUUAAUUAAAGCAUAAGAUAUUCUUCCUUAUUUAACAUAAAAUAUUAAGUUAGAUGAUUUCAAAGAUGAAAUUUGUGAAACUUUAGAAGAAUAUCAUGAUUAAGUGGAAUAACAAUAAAAUGAACUUGAAGGAUACAUAAAAUCAAAUGAAAAUUUGAAAAAACUAUUACUACAAACAAGUAAUAGGUAUAUCUUUGUAUCUUAAAAAACAAAAUGUGAAAACUGCUUUAGAAAACUGUUUUAAGAAGACUAUAUCAUUUUUGAGUGUUUACAUGGUUUUCAUAGGGAGUGCAUACUUUAAUAUAUAAAAAGUAAUCCAACUAUUUUGGAAUCAAAAACCUAUUAAAGUUUACUUUAUCUAGAAAAGUAAUUAAAUGAUAUUGAAAAACAAUAAAUUCUAACAAAUUAAAGUAAACCUGAAGAAUCAAUAUUUGGAUUCUUUAUUGCUACCAAUUAAGUAACAUUGAAUAAUCAAAGAAAUGCAAGAAAUGAAUAAUAAAAGAAAUAUUAAUCCGAACUUAAUGAUAUUUUAUCUAAAGAUUGUCCUGUAUGUGGUAAUUUUAUAUUUGAACAAAUUCUUUUGCCAUUAGACAAUGAUGAAUAUGUCGAAGAGUCUUGGUUUAUUUGA